UUUGAUUAUUGCCUCUUACUUAUGUUGGAAAUGAUACAUAAAUUAGUGAAUUUGGUGAAAUUUGAAGGAUUUUAGUAUGCACAGAAGGGAGCAAGCUUGUGUGUUACAGAGUAGAUAAUUUUGCGCUGUGCAAAGCGACAAAAUCUGUUAGUUUUAUUCUUUACUGAUGUUAGAAGUGCAAGAGGGAUUUUUAAACUCAACCACUUUAUUUUUUCCAUUUUCAAAUAAAUACAUGGACCAUGAUUUUUAUUAUGUGAUGUUGAUAGCAUCAGACGUAUACUAUAUUGUAAUUCUAUUUUUGAGCGUGGUGCUUUUGCCUUCACCUUGAUAUGUGUUAUAUAUUCCAUAAAUCAGGUGUUAGAGCUAGAGUCAAAUGAGGCUACAAAUGAUGAGACAGAUAUAGUUGAUCAAUCUCCCAUGGCAUGGCCUUUGAUGUUUGAGGAUCAGAGACAGCAAAUCAUCAUGUUGUGGCAUUUGUGCCAUGUUUCAAUUGUACACCGUACACAGUUUUAUUUGUUAUUUAGAGGAGACCCCGCUGAUCAGAUAUACAUGGAAGUUGAGCUUAGAAGGUUGACAUGGUUGGAGCAACACUUAGCAGAACUUGGCAAUGCAAGCCCAGCACUCUUGGGUGAUGAACCUGCUGGUUCUGUUUCAUCAAGGGCACUCAAGCAGGAAAGAGAAUAUCUAGCAAAGAGAGUGAGUUCAAAAUUAACAGCAGAAGAAAGGGAGAUGCUUUACAUGAAAUGGGAUAUCGAACCAGAAGGAAAACAAAGGAGGAGGCUGCAACUGGUGAACAAGUUGUGGACAGACCCUCUUAACAAGCAACAUGUACAAGAAAGUGCUGAAAUUGUAGCAAAGCUUGUUGGAUUUUGUGAAUCUGGUGAACAUGCUUCUAAGGAAAUGUUUCAACUUCAUUUUGAAUCUCCUUCUGACAAAAAGACAUGGAUGGGGUGGAAUUUGAUAUCAAAUCUGUUGCAUCUGUAAGAAACACUCGUGUUAUAAUUCAUUUUAUUCAUUGACCUUUAUAUAUAUGGACUUCUGCAUUGGAGCAAAAUGAUGUUUGCCAAUGCUACUAA